AUGAGAUACAGUGGUUUGACCCUUGGAGCCUUAGGUGCCCUUGCGUUGAAAAUUGCAGGUGUUGAAGCAGACAACUCUACUUCUAGCACCCCAACGCCAAGAACUUAUUCUGAACUUGACCCUAGCUUGAGUGAGAUUCAGGCUGCUGCUUCUUCUGCUGUCACCGCUCACAGAACUUCGGACGUAAAGGGUGCGGCUGUCAACCGUUUUUACGUCAUCUUCUUGGAAAACACAGAUUAUGACAAAGCGGCUGAAGAUGAAUCACUCGCAUGGUUGGCAAAGCAAGGUAUUUCUUUGACUAACUACUGGUCUUUGACUCACCCUUCUGAACCAAACUACUUGGCCUCUGUUGCUGGUGACUACUUUGCCUUGGAUGAUGACAGGUUCAUCUCCAUGCCAUCGAAUGUCUCCAACAUCGUUGAUUUGUUAGAUACCAAGAACAUUUCUUGGGCAGAAUAUCAAGAACAUAUUCCAUACACUGGUUUCCAGGGCUUCAACUACUCUAACCAGGAAACCUUCGCCAACGACUAUGUGAGAAAGCACAACCCAUUGAUUUUAUUCGAUAACGUUAUUUCCGACAAGUCACGUUUGGCUAACAUUAAGAGUUUUGAGGACUUCAACACUGACUUGAAGAACAAGACUCUACCACAAUAUGCUUUCAUUACUCCAAACAUGACCAAUGAUGGUCAUGAUUCGAAUAUCAAGGUUGCCGGUGACUGGUCUAAAUCUUUCUUGCAACCAUUGUUGAGUGAUGAUUACUUCAUGAAGGAUACUUUAGUCUUGUUAACUUUUGAUGAAAACGAAACCUAUGGUAUCAAGAACAAGGUUUUCUCUAUCUUAUUAGGUGGUGUUAUCCCAGACCACUUGAAGGGUACUUCUGACGAUACAUUCUAUGACCAUUACUCUCAAUUGGCUACUGUUGAGGCUAACUGGAACUUGCCUCAUUUAGGUAGACAUGACGUUGAUGCAAACGUUUUGCAAAUUGUCGCAAACGCUACCAACAUCACUAACGUUGAAGUUGACACAAGAUAUAUGUUGAACAAUGAAACCUACAUCGGUUACUUGAACGACGACACAAUUCCUUUGCCAGCUCCAAAUGUUACCGCUUUGAACAGAAAUGGUAAGCCAAUCUUGGACUCUAUUAAGAAGGUCUGGGCCGAUGAAUAUUCCUCUCAAGUCUCCGCAAGUUACUUCACCGCUACCACAACUACUGUUUCUGGUAGUUUCACAGAUGCUGCUACUUUGGUUACCAGUGGUGCAGAUGACUCAGAAAAGCAAACUUCUGGAGCUGACUCUUCUGCCACUCCUACUGGGGCUGCUUCCUCUAACUCCUCAAAGAACUCUUCAGGUAACUCCACCUCUAAAACAAAGACAUCUAAGGGUGCAGCAAGCACUAUCAACUCCAUUUCAAUGGGUACUCUUUUAGCUUUGUUGUGUGCUAUGGUUAUCUAA